AUGUCGCUCGCGACCACGGCCACCAUCGCGAUUAUCGCGAUUAUCGCGAGCAUCGUAACCAGCAGCCUGUUCGCAGUCUCCGUUCGCAGUGUUUCUUACGCCAACGUGACGGGCGAUCUGUUGUUGGGCGGUCUCUUUCCGAUUCAUCGAAAGGGUAGCGGCGGUAAAAGUUGCGGGGAGAUUCAGAAGGAGGACGGGAUUCAACCGUUGGAGGCGAUGCUGUACACGAUCGAACGUAUCAACGAGAAUCCGACGAUACUGCCGGGAAUACGACUGGGCGCGUUGGCGUUCGACACUUGCGACAAUCCGGUUUACGCUCUGGAUCAAGCGUUCUAUUUCGUAAAGGGUUUCAUAGCGCGCGGCAACCGAUUCGGUGGCGAGGGAUAUCGGUGCGACGAUCGAAGCAUGCCCAAGUUCUUCCACGGAGGAUUCGAUCGCGUGGUCGCGGUACUCGGUGCGCAAUCCAGUUCGGUUACCAUUCAGGUGGCGUCGGUGCUGGCUCUGUUCCCGGUCCCGCAGAUCUCGUACAUGGCCACGUCGCCGUUUCUCAGCAGCAAAGAGAGAUUCCCGCGGUUCUUUCGCACGGUACCGAGCGACGUGAAUCAGGCGAGAGCGAUGCUCGAGAUUCUUCGCCGAUUCGAUUGGUCGUACGCGUCGGUGGUUUACACGGACACCGAGUACGGGGACCACGGAUACGAGACCCUGACGUCGUUGGCCGGCGAGUACUCGGUGUGUUUCAGCGCGCCGCAUCGAAUCAGCGAGGAUCGUUUCACCGAGGAGGACUACGACCGCGUGGUGCGCACCAUCGCCGAAAAGACGGACGUCCGAGUGGUGGUGCUGUUCGCGGAAAAGUCGACGACUUUACGGGUGUUGGAAGCGGCGAGACGCGUAGGCGUUGGCACGCGAUUCGUCUGGUUGGGCAGCGAUUCGUGGCCGGAUCGUCGCGACGGAGAGAGUGGAGAAACGGCCGUGUUGGAGGGUGCCCUGGCCGUUCAACCGCUCUACGCGCCGCUCUCGGGCUUCGACGAGUAUUUUACGGGAUUGACGCUCGAGCACGAGCGUCGCGAUCCUUGGUUUCCAGAAUUUUGGCGAAUCUAUCACGAUUGCGUGGACGAGGAGGAGGAGGAGGAGCGCUGUCGGGAUCCAAAGUUGAAGAUCGAACGAAACAACGGAUACAAGCAGCGAAGAUUCCUGCACUUUGUUCGGGACGCGGUGUACGCGGUGGCUUACGCCCUUCACGACAUGCAGAGGGACCUUUGCGGGCAAGGAAACGCGGGACUUUGCGAGGCGAUGCUCCCCCUGGACGAAGACGCGUUCGUUCGAUAUUUGGCCGAGGUGUCGUUCAAAGACGAAGCGGGUAACGGUUUCGGAUUCGUGGACUCGGUCGACGGACCACCGAGGUACUCGAUCUUGAAUUAUCAACGAACGGGAAACGGCUCGUACCAUUGGGCGGUGGUCGGAAAUUACACGCUGAACGAGCAAGGACGACCGGAGCUACGACUGGAUCGCGGCAACUUGCGGUUCCGAGGCGAACCGAUCGGCCAAUUUCCCGCCUCGUCGUGUUCUCGACCGUGCGAUUCGAAUCGGAUCAUGGUGAGAAGCAAAGAGGAUCCGUGCUGCUGGAGAUGUCUGGGUUGCGGCCUUUAUCGGUACAAGGUGAUGGGCGAGCAGAGAUGCGAGGAUUGCGGACUGGGAACGUUACCGAGCAAAAACGGGACCAGUUGCGAGCCUAUUCCCGAGCAGUUUGUCGAUCGUUCGAAUCCUUGGGCGAUCGUCGCGAUGACGGUCGCCGUGUCCGGCAUGCUUCUGGUCACGUUCGUCUGCGCGGUGUUUUGGACCCAUCGGCAUACCCCGAUGAUCAAAGCAUCCGGUCGAGAGUUGUCGUUUCUGCUGUUACUCGGCGCGUUCGGCUGCUUCUCCAUGACGUUCGCCGUAGUGGCCAGACCCAGCGUCGAGAGUUGCGCCAUGGUUCGAUUCGGUAUCGGAUUCUGCUACACCGUCUGCUAUGCCGCGCUAGCGACCAAGAUCAACAGGAUUCAUCGGAUAUUCAACGACCCUGGUCGUAGUCCUCGCAAGCGACGGUUCACCAGUCCAAAGUCCCAACUGACGAUCGCGUCGAUCCUCGUUCUGGUCGAGAUCGCGUUCGACGCGAUUCGGCUGUUCAAACAACCACCGGCUGUCGUCCAUUCGCAUCCCAGUAGAGACGCGAAUACGAGAAUUUGUCGUGGCUCCGAGGACGGAUCUUACGUGAUCGGCUUAGUCUAUCCAUUCUUGUUAACAGUCGCGUCCACGUUCUACGCGAUCAAGACGAGAAAGUGUCCGGACGGAUUCAACGAGACGCGACGGAUCGCGUUCGCCAAUUACGCGACGAUCGUGCUGUGGCUGGCGUUCGUGCCUCUCUAUCUGGCCUCGAACAGUAACGUGGUCAGGGUGAUCACGUUGGCCCUCUCGCUGUCGUUGAACGGUCUGGUGCAACUCGUCUGCCUAUUUCUGCCCAAGGUGUACGUGGUGUUGGCGAAACCGGAAAAAAACACGAGGCAACUGGUGAUGGCCAGGCAUACCGGCUACUCUUAUCCGAUCACGCCGGAUCCCGUGUCCGUGUCGCCGUCGUUGGUCGGCGAUCGCGUUUGUCGUCGGGAACGCGCAUAA